GUCAUUCCUCGGCGUUUCGUCGAUCCCUGAAGGAGCCUUCCUUCACCCCGCUCCCUCCUCCCUGACCGUUGGCUACCUGACAGCAGGCAGUGCCGUAUGAAACCGGGCAGGUUCUCUCCUCCUCCCGCUGCGUGAUGAGGCUCCGUUUGGCCGGAGCCGUGCUGCUGGCGGCGGCCGCCUAUUACGUGUACCUGCCGCUACCUAGCGGCGUGAGCGAGCCCUGGAAGCUGAUGCUGCUGGACGCCCUGUUCCGGAGCUUCAUGCAGGCGAGUGAUGCAGCCCACACCCUGGGUGUGUGCCACCGUGUUCACCUGCUGAACCGGGUGGUGUCCUGGGUGGAGGUGAUAGAGGCUCGCUCCUGCUCCGCUGUGAACGUGACUGACUCCACACUGGGAGGUGUCCCCACCCGGGUGUUUCAGCCGAAAGGGGAAAAGAAGCUGAGAAGAGGCGUGAUCUAUUUCCACGGAGGAGGCUGGGCGCUGGGCAGUGCAAAGAUGCGCUCCUAUGACCUUCUUUGUCGGAAAAUGGCAGAAGAUCUGGACGCCGUCAUCAUGUCUGUAGAUUACCGCCUUGCUCCAGAGGCUGUGUUCCCGGAUCAGUACCAUGAUGCUUUGGCAGCAUCGCGGGUCUUCCUAUCUGAUGAGCUUUUGCAGCAGUACGGCAUCGAUCCGGAGAGAGUUUGUGUGUCUGGAGACAGCGCUGGAGGAAACCUGGCUGCUGCUGUGGCUCAGGAGCUAAGUGCAGAUAAAUCUCUGAAAGUGAAAUUCAAAGCGCAGGCAUUGAUCUACCCAGUGCUCCAAGCUCUUGACUUCCACACCUCAUCAUACCAGCAGAACCAGGCCGUACCUAUCCUCUACAGGCCUUAUAUGGCUCGGUUUUGGCUGCAGUACCUGGGUGCUGACUCCUCCCUGGAACCACUCCUGCUGGCCAAUAAUCACAGCUCUCUGGACCAGCCGGCCAUCAGCGCCACAACUCGCUCCAAGCUGAACUGGACCGCUUUGGUGCCGGCCGAGCGCAAGAAGAGCUUCAAACCAGUCGUUAAAGAGAGGGGCUCGCCAGGCGUGAUGAGUGAGGUGCCGGGGCUGAUGGACGUGCGGGCGGCGCCACUGUUAGCAGAGCAGGAGGUUCUGGGUAAAACCCCCAAAGCGUAUGUGAUGACUUGCGAGUUUGAUGUUCUCAGGGAUGACGGCCUGAUGUACGGCAAACGCCUACGGGACGCUGGCGUCGAGGUGACUAGUGACCACUACGAGGACGGUUUCCAUGGCUGCAUGGUGUUUGCUAACCUGCCAAUGAUGUCAAGCGUUGGACAGAGAAGCAUGAUGAACUAUAUCCACUGGCUGGACCAGAACCUAUAAGCAAAGCAGCUGCUUCACAAAAAGCUCUUUGUUGAGCUUUUAUAGAUGGGUAUAAAAAA